GUUGACUUGUCACAACCCUUGUCUGUGGAGCAUUUAGGCACUUAUCGGCGUAUCUCGAGUGCGUAAAGUCGUUAACAUUAGCAAAUCGCCACCCAAAGGCAGCAAAUGCAUUUUGCAUUGAUUUUGAAAAGAAGAAGCUAAAAAGCCACUACAAACGUUUGAAAAGUGCUGAGUGAAAGAGCAGCGAAGAGCUUACAUGCUAUUUGUGGAUAUACAGAGAAUCGAACGCCAGCAGUAUAUGCUUUUCUGGUGCGCAUAGAAGCGUUGAAGAGUGUAAAGCAGUCACUACCAGUAGGAAGGAAUAAACGAAGCAACAAAGCGGACAGCAGCCACAAAGCCAACUGAAGCCGCAGGCGAGCAGCGUUGAUUGUUUGUAGUAGUGCAGUAAAUAUAAAACAACUAGUUUUGAAAAAAGAAAAAAUUAAAAGUGAAUGAAACAUUGUUGCCAGCGACAGCAAGCACAAACAACAAAAAAAGUACUUAGUCAACACCAUAACUACUCCCUUGCGUUGAGUGUGUGUGUGUGUGGGGAAAAGCCGGAAGCAAAGCACUUGAAAGCAAGACAUUCAAAUCAGCACCCACAAUGGCAAUAACAACAACAGUAACAACAGCGGCAACAAAAUAAUAUGCUGUAGCAAGUUUCAGGCGGCUACAAUAAUAACAACAGUAACAAAAAGCACGCUCCCACACAAUCAAUUGUUGUGCUUAAAUAGCGGUGUGCCUAUGUUGCCAAUGCCUUAACGGUUACUGAUGCCUCUGACUCUGCGGCUGCUGCUGACAGUGACAGUGAAUGAGAAAGGCGCAAAAAUAAAGUGGCAUAAAUAAAGUUGAGUGCUCACAAUGGAGCGAAAAUAAAGCAUUUAACAAGUGCAACAACAAAAAGCGACAGCCAAAGCAAAAAAAAAAAAAACAAAAAAACAAGAAGAAGACAGAAUUAUGUAAAAAUGUGUCGUGUGUCGGUUUUUUGCUGACAGCAAAAGAAAUUAACACAAAAGGCUGGACAAAUCAAGUUGAGCGUGGCUGCUGUGGGCACUGAGCUUCGGUUUUAGUAAAGCGUAAGUCUCUUAAGCACAGCAGCAGAACAUCCGAACAGCCUGGCACACAUAACCAACGACUCUAAGGACCCCUUGUCAUUUGGUUGUGCCCUGCCAUUGUGAAAUGAAUCAAUUUAAAUGCUAAAGUGUCGCUAAAGAAAGUAAAGAACAUUAAAGAAUAAGAGCAAAAAUAAAAUAAAUAAAAAAAUCUCUGUGAAAGAUAUUGAGCAUAAACGAGCUGUGGGGCGGUCACUAGCGAUUGCCGGACAGCAAGAAUGCCAGAUUUUGAUUAUCAACUUAAUUUUCGGACAUGAGACAAGCCUAAACUGAUGUAUCAGCAUAAAUGACAUAAAUGAUAUUAGACCUGAAGGCACUGAAUAGAUGUCACAGCCUGUGGUGGCAUGAACGAAGACAGCUAAACAAUGUUGAGUACGAAAAUAAUGGCGCUCAUGAUUAAUAAUUUGACACAUUUAAUAUACUCAAGGCACGCAGACUGCUAAAGCGAGGCGCAUAUUUUAGUACAGCUGCCAUUAAAUAAAAUAUAAAGUGCGCACGUGACAAAAAUUACGAACAAGACUUUAAGAUGGUGGCAUUGUAAAUAAGAAAUACCAACAAUUUAAAGAAAACUUUGCAUAAACUUGAUGAAAAUUUUAUAAUAUAAAAGACUAAAGCGCUAAUUGAAAGCUACAAUAAACUAACGCUGAAAAGUAUGCAAUAAAAAUACUUAAAAAUAAAUAUAUACAAAAGUGAAUAUCAAAGCAUACUUUCUGGUGCACGUAUAAAAGCGUCACAUUGUCGUCGCCUACUCCACACGGGACGCUUAAAGAGCAUGGUUUUGGACACGCAACGCUGCUGACGCUGUCGAACUCAUAAAAAACGGCAUACUUUAAGGCGCUUGCUGUUAACUAUAUCCAUAAAUGCACCUGCCUUACAGUUAGCAUCAUAUAUCUAUUUACAAACUACAUAUACACAAUGCGUCAACAACAACAUUCAUUCGAACGCCUUUUACUGCCACUCACACUCAUCGUGCUGGUCUCUUGCCGCUUAGCGCUCACCUGCCCAGCCACAGUUUGCACCUGCAAGUGGAAAGGUGGCAAGCAGACGGUGGAGUGUGGUGGUAAUCAGUUGCCUAACAUACCCGAAGGUAUGGAUCCCGGCACACAGGUACUCAACUUCUCAGGCAACAGCCUGCAAGUCUUGCAAAGUGAGCGUUUCCUGCGCAUGGAUCUGCUGAAUUUACAAAAAAUUUACUUAUCACGCAACCAACUGAUACGCAUACACGAGAAGGCCUUUCGUGGCCUGACAAAUCUCGUCGAAUUGGAUUUGUCAGAUAAUUCAUUGCAAAAUGUACCCACCGAAACAUUUCAGGACUACAGCUCGCUAAUGCGGCUAUCUCUAAGCGGCAAUCCGAUACGCGAGCUGAAGACGUCGGCGUUUCGACAUCUCUCCUUUCUCACGACACUCGAAUUAAGCCACUGUCAAAUUGAGCGUAUUGAGAAUGAGGCCUUCAUUGGCAUGGACAAUCUGGAGUGGUUGCGUUUGGAUGGGAAUCGCAUCGGUUUCAUACAGGGCCAGCACAUACUGCCGAAAUCAUUGCAUGGCAUUAGCUUGCAGAGUAAUCGCUGGAUGUGCGACUGCAGGCUGUUGGACAUGCAUUCGUGGCUCAAUAACUAUGUAACGCCACAAGUUGAGGAGCCCAAGUGUGUGGAGCCGCCACGGCUAAAGGGACAAACGAUCAAGUCGUUGAAAAAGGAAGAACUCGCUUGCCUUCCUGAGGUGACUCCCUCUUCAACAUACACGGAGAUCUCCGAAGGUCGCAAUGUAUCAAUUGUGUGUGUGGUACGCGCCAUACCUGAGCCGCAAGUGCUGUGGCUCUUCAACGGUCAGGUGAUGACCAACGAUAGCCUCAUUGAUAAUCUGCAUAUGUACUAUUACAUCGAUGAGACUGGCAGCGCGGAGGAGAAGCGCAGCGAGAUAUUUAUUUACAAUGUGGGCGCCGAAGAUAACGGCACCUUCUCAUGUGUGGGGAAGAACGUCGCCGGCAUUACAUUCAGCAACUACACACUGCGCGUCAUUAUCAAGGAACCACCAGUGGUAAACGAGGUCUCUUUUCCACGCGACUACAUGAACUAUAUCAUUGCCAGUAGCACCGGCGCCGGUGUCAUAUUCGUGGUAAUGCUCUGCACCAUAGUUAUAAAGUGCAAACAGCGCCAGCCGAAUAAGCGUAAGAAGUGCGGUGGCGGUGGCUCAGUUACAAAUAUCGGAGGUGGUGGUGCACAUGCCUCAGAUAACGGCGGCAACGAGACGGGCUUAAUGAAAUGUUCGUCAAUACUCAAUGAUGGUGACUCGCUGAAUGGUGGAGCUGGGCUGUUGAUGGCCGAAGGCAUGACUCCCACUAAAUUGUGUAAAGAAAAUGGCAGCGUCAUUAUGGGCGGACAAAUGAAACAGAAUUUAUUGCUGUACGCGCCCGCGCACUACCAACAGCAAACACCCACAUCGGCAGCUGUGAUCGCUGAUGGCGGUCAAGCACUGCAGUUGAGCGUUAGCAUGGCAGGCGCGAGCGGCACACCGCCACCGCUACUAGUCGGCAACGCCAUCAGCUACUGUUCGCCACCGUCGUCGGUGCGUAAUUACCAAGAGAAAAAUCCCGACUUGGUUAAUGAUGCCGAGAGCGUUAAUCAUGGCAAGCUCAAAGCCACUGCAUCACUGGAUAUAGACUACGAUGCCGCCAGCGACUGUUCGGGUCCAUGCAGUAUACAAGGAAUGUCAACGACGCCGGUGCAGUUCGACAACUGCUAUCAACUGGCGCCACAAUAUGGCUCGCAAAUCAUACGACCGACGAAUAUGCAGAUGAACUCAGCGGCUGCUUCGCGCUUUGCCGCCAUGACAACGCUGCCGCGCGGUAUGCAACUUAAAACCGUAAUGAAUAGCAUGAGCGCCGCACCCGCGCCACAACACCAAGUGGAUGUGCAUCUGAACCCCGUGUGUUUUCUAGGACAAGACGGCUUUGCAUAUGACUAUAGCAACGCGCAUAUGCAGCAACCGGCACCAGCGCCACCCUCACAUCAUCACCUGCAACUACAGCCACAACUCUCACUGGGCGCCGAUCCAUCACAGUCGCAGCACAUACAACAGCAGAACUACUAUCGCACUUUGCCACACAAUCGCGCGCAUAAACAGCAGCAAUUUGCCGCCUCCGCCGCAAACUCUGGCAUGCGCUAUAGCUUAGAGGCUGAGUUUUUGCAGCGAUCCGGCACGCCAACGUACGAAAAGUACUUGCCCAAUGUGCGCUUCACCGCCGAGGGCUACCCGCAGACCCAGCAGCCGCACAUAGUGCAAUACCCAUCUCCACCAGAGGGUUACAAGAGCAGCCAAAGCCCUGCGCCUAGCAUGCAAGAAAGCAGCGCAAGUGGCGGCGGUGGUGUUGCCGGCGCUGGUGGCGCAUCAACAAUUUCAACUGCGAAAUUUCAACAGUGGCCGCCUUGUUUGCCCGGCUAUCAUGUGCAGUCCAUACGCUAUCCACCAACAAUUGUAGGCGUAUUAAGUCCACAGGGGCAUAUGCAGCAACAACAACAACAGCAGCAGCAGCAACAUAUGAUGCCACAUAAGUCGACUCCAACGGUUGUACUCACACCAAAUGGUCCAACAAAUCAAAUACAAGUGCCCACAAUAGCAACAACAACAACAACGGCAACAGCAAGCACCAGCACCGGCGGCACAUCCACAUCUAGCUCAGCAAUAAAACGCUGCGUCGCCGCACAAGCAGACUCCUCCACCAUUCCCGAAUGCGAUGAGAAUGACGUCUCGCCCACCACGUCCACCGCUGCGAGUAGUAGCAAUGAUGGCGGCAGCAGUAGUAGCAGCAGCAGCGCAACCACAGUUACAAUGUCUGCCAGCAACACAACGGCAACAACAGCAACAGCAGCAGCGUCUGCAACCGAAGAAUCCUCGAAACUGCGGCAUUUAAACGGGCCACUAGCCGACAGUCCGGACGAAGGUUACGUGGGCGAUUCGCAUGAAGGCUCUGAUAUUUGACGACGCGGCGCCUUAGGGAACGCCUGUGCAGCGGCAAAUGCAAAACACAGCAGAAGCGGUGGAAGUGGGGGUGUAAGUGGUUGUAAUGCGGUUAAAAUGGACGAUUCGGUGGCAUUGUAGAGUAGCUGCGGCUAUGCGAAGAUACAGUAAGGAAAUAUCAAAUUCAAAUAUGCAAUUGGUCAUGCUUAUACAUACAUACACAUGUACAUAUAUAUAAAUUACAUACGAACAUUGAUGCACAGUCGAUAGUCUCAGAUAAUUGCAUUAAUUUAGUGCAUCUCAUUUGAGGUGUGUAAUUAUGCUUGAAUUCGGGUUGGCCGCCCACUAAAGCGCAUGGACAGAGAAGAAGACGAUUUAUUUCAGAGCAGGCAUAAAAUGCUAUCAAAUCUUGACAUUUACCGAGGAAACAAAAUCUUCAGUGUUAUUUGUAUCUCUUUCUUAUUCUCAUCAUAUUCUUGCAAGUCACAGAAAAUACAGGAAAUAAGUGUUGUGGCUGCUACUACUAAAUAUAUUCCACAACACAAUUUCGCAUUUCAAAAAGAAAAACGGAAAACGUCAGAAAAGUGUAGGAAGUUGAUCCGAGCCCAACAUUAAUUCUAAGAGUUAUUGUGAAAACGAAAAACAGUCGAAUGGAACUUUAUUAAAGCAAAAAGCUUUUGUU